AUGCCGCGUGGAAGCCGAAGCCACAGCCGCACCUCCCACAUGGCCACUCCGGCCAGCCGGGCCCCUCAGAUGAGAGCUGUGCCCAGGUCAGCACCAGCCACUCAGCCAGCAGUGGCACUUCCCUCUGCAGUUGGUUCUCCUGCUGCUGCGCCCCGGCAGCCAGGUCUGCUGGCCCAGAUGGCAAAGACUGCAGCUGGCGUGGCUGUGGGCUCUGCUGUGGGGCACACACUGGGCCACGCCAUUGCUGGGGGCUUCAGUGGAGGAAGUGAUCCUGAGUUCCAGAGGCCUGACAUUACUUACCAGGAUCCUCAGGGAACCCAGCUGGCACAGCAGCAGCAGCCUUGCUUCUAUGAGAUCAAACAGUUUUUGGAGUGUGCCCAGAACCAGGGUGACAUCAAGUUCUGUGAGGGUUUCAGUGAGGUGCUGAAACAGUGCCAACUUGCAAACUGAUUGGCCUAACCAAGAAGUUCAACCUGGAGAAAUGGAAAACCAGCUGUC